AUGGGAGCGGUCGAGUCCAUUCUAGUCGUCUCGGAUUCCGACGAGGAGGGAGACGAGGGACAACAGGGUAACCAGCAACGGCGACGAGAGCGACAGCGUCGCAAGGCGCUGGGGGGGGAUGCAGGCUCCGCGGAAAUAACGAGUCUAGAGCGUCAGGCGGAGCAGCAACGGCGGAAGAACCACGCGGAACGAGCGGGUGACGGCAAGCGGGGCGGUCCUCCAGGGGGGAGCAACCUUGCGAGAAGUUAUAGCGUUGACUCCGUUGACUCCGUUGACUCGCUUGACCGCGACGAAUCUAUCUGCUCGCCCCGUUCCGUUGACUCGCUUGACCUUGCCUCCCCUCGUUCCGUUGAGUCGGCGGAACCGUACGAUUCUGCUACUCUCCCCGUGUCCGCGCAUCCCGAUGCGCGCAAGUCCAAGGCGCACCACAGGCGGAGGGGUUCGCGCGGAUCGCCGCGCCUCAGCAAAUCCGAUUCCGCCACUUACGCCGACGGGCGCGUCGCUCCCGACGCUGAUGUGGCAGCCGCGACGAGCGGGAAUGGACACGUCACCGCUGCAGCGCUGGCAGCCGCGCACGCCAAGUCAGCUGGAGAAUUAUCAUUGGGAGAAGACGGAGCGCUGCGAGAACGAAGGAGCAUGGGGGCGGGAGUGGGCAUUGGGGGGCUUGGGGAACCAGGCGGAGGGAUGGGGAGGGAGAGGGGAAUGUUAGCGGGAGGGGGAGCAGCAGUACCUCCUGCGAAACUGCCUGGGCCAGGUGGGGGACGUGUGGGUAUAGGGGGGAAAAGUGCGGGGGCUGGGGGGAACGAGGUCGGGGGAGGCAUUGGCGCAGGCAUGGGCGCGCAAUGGGUCGUCCUGGGCAGCAGAGAAAUCACCGAAGCUGCUUCCAUGGCUCCAUUCCAAACCUCCGCCGCUGCUAUGGCGGCUGCCGAGGCGUCUGCCGAGGCUGCUGUCGAAGCUGCAGCCUCGUUGCAGCCAGGGUCCCCUGUGAGGCUGCAGCGUGUGUUGGCUGCUGUGUCACGCGCACUAGAUAGAGCCAGUGAGGAGGCAGCAGCAGGGAGGGAAGGUGGUGCGGAGGGAGGGGUGAGUGUUGAAGCUACCAAGAAAGAGGGAGAGGUGAGUGUUGAGGCGACUCAAAAGUCAACUCGGGUGCUGGGUGCUGUAUCACGCACACUAGGCAGGGCCAGUGAGGAGGCGGCAGCAGAGAGGGAGGGUGGUGCAGAGGGAUGGGUGAGUGUUGAAACGACUCGGAAAGAGGGAGAGGUGAGUGUUGAGGCGACUGCCGAAAAGGAAGGGGCGAGUGUUGGGACGACUGAUAAGUCGCCUCGAGUACUGGUUGCCGCGUCAGGUGCGCUAGACAGUGACAGUGAGGCGGCAGCAGAGAAGGGGAGCUUUGCGGAGGGAGAAGCAGCAGCAGGGAAAAAGGCCACUGCGGAGGUAGCAACAGCAGGCCGGAUGGAGGGCUCUGAGGGGAUAGAAGAAACAGCAGGGAUAGAUGAAGGUGCGACGAAAGAAGCAGGUGCGACGGAAGAAGCAGGUGCGACGAAAGAAGCAGGUGCGACGGAAGAAGCAGGUGCGACGAAAGAAGCAGGUGCGACGAAAGAAGCAGGUGCGAAGGAAGAAGCAGGUGCGACGAAAGAAGCAGGUGCGACAGAAGAAGCAGGUGCGACGAAAGAAGCAGGUGCGACGAAAGAAGCAGGUGCGACGAAAGAAGCAGGUGCGACGGAAGAAGCAGGUGCGACGAAAGAAGCAGGUGCGACGGAAGAAGCAGGUGCGACGAAAGAAGCAGGUGCGACGAAAGAAGCAGGUGCGACGAAAGAAGCAGGUGCGACGAAAGAAGCAGGUGCGACGAAAGAAGCAGGUGCGACGAAAGAAGCAGGUGCGACGAAAGAAGCAGGUGCGACGAAAGAAGCAGGUGCGACGAAAGAAGCAGGUGCGACGAAAGAAGCAGGUGCGACGAAAGAAGCAGGUGCGACGAAAGAAGCAGGUGCGACGAAAGAAGCAGGUGCGACAAAAGAAGCAGGUGCGACGAAAGAAGCAGGUGCGACGAAAGAAGCAGGUGCGACGAAAGAAGCAGGUGCGACGAAAGAAGCAGGUGCGACGAAAGAAGCAGGUGCAGGGAAGGAGGUUGCUACAGAGGGUGCAACGCAUGCAGGAGUGAUCGCAGCACGGGUGGUGGCAACUGGGGCAGCAGCACAGGUGGCAACUGGGGUAGCAGCACAGGUGGCAACUGGGGCAGCAGCAGGGGUGGCAACUGGGGUAGCAGCACAGGUGGCAACUGGGGUAGCAGCACAGGUGGCAACUGGGGUAGCAGCACAGGUGGCAACAGCAGUGAUCGCAGAGGGGCCAGAAGGCACUCUGGGAUUGGAUGAAGGAGGUGCGGGGGAGGAUGAGGGUGAGGGUGAGGGUGAGGGUGAGGGUGAGGGUGAGGGUACUGCUGUGGGUAGGCAAGAAGCACGCGCAGAGACGGCUUUUGAGAGGCCUCAAACGGACGAUGGUACCCAUGCGGAGGCGGGUGUGAGGGAGGAGGUGGCUCUGGGAGUGCAGGGCGGCGGGCUUCCAGGGAACGUGGGUCAGGUGGGAGAGUGGGGUGAGGGAGAGUGGGGUGAGGGGGAUGCGGUUGAGGGGGCUGCAACAAAUGAGGGGGGUGCAGGUGAGAGGGGUGAGGGGGGUGAGUUGGUUGGGGAUGGCAGAUCUGCUGAUGCUGCUGACGAGGGAAGUGAGGGGCGUGGUGCGGCUAUAGGUGGUGCUGUUGGUGUGGAGGAGAGCGGGUGGGAGUCUGACAGUGAGUUCGGCACUCCGGAGCUGCUCUCCCCUACUGGCAGCGUGAGCAGGGGCAGUGCUGACAGGGACAGCGUGGGCAGUGGCAGCAUGGGUAGUGGAGCUUUGAAUCGCGAAGAUGUUGAAAGUGGCAGCAGUGGCAGUGGCAGUGGCAGAGGCGGCAUGUAUGCGUGUCCACCUGCUGCCACAUCUCUUAGUAGCGCCGUGACAAAGGCAGAGAGAGCAGCAUCCGGGCAGACUCUAUCAGCACAAGUGGCACCGCUGGUAGCACACGAGGCAGCAGGCGGAGAAACGGAGGAACAAGGAGCAGCAGCACCAAAAGACGCAGCAGCAGCAGCAGCAGCAGCAGCAGCAGCAGCAGCAGCAGCAGCAGCGAGGACAGCAGCAGCAGCAGCAGCAGCAGCAGCAGCAGCAGCAGCAGCAGCAGCAGCAGCAGCAGCAGCGAGGACAGCAGCAGAGGCAGCAGCAGAGGCAAACGCAGACUUAGCAGCAGAAGCAGAUGAAGCAAGAGCAGCAAACACAGAGCAGUCCUCUCCCAUUGCAGCCUCCCUGCAUCCACUCUCCCCACCAACGUGCGCCUGGCUCUCCCCCAUGCUGGCUGCCGGCAGCAGUGGCAUCAGCAUCGAUUUCCACAUCAUCAGGCACGGGGAGUCAACCCAGUCACCGGCCCUCAUAGCUGGCCGUUCCCCAGCAGCCCGUCUUACCCCCACGGGGUGUCAGCAAGCCGUGGCGCUGGGGACCUUUCUGCGGCGCUACCUCAGGCUUCAGUGGGACGAGGUGCACUGCUCGCCCAUCCCCCGUGCCACACACACUGCUCACCUCGUCUGCCAGGAGCUGGAUUUCCCACCCGCACCCAUUCAAAAAGCUGUUGAAGGUGUUUUGCUAAUAUCCCCCUUCGCAUCUCCCCAUUCACCCUCUCUCGUCACCACAGGAGCUGGGAUUCCCAACCAGCCGCAUACAGGAAGCGUCUGA